AUGAUGACCACAACAAUACGAAAAAAAGAUGGUAGUCCGAACGUGAAGUUUUUUGAAUCGCCAGAUACUUUGGCUCAGUUUGACACUAUCCGUAAAUGGUUCCAGAAAAAAGACAUAAAAAAGUACUUUGGUGAUGAACAAUUAACUAAGGAGAGUUUGGCACAUUUUGCGUUACAAUUAUUGCAAUUUCAAGAGGAAAAUCUUGGAAGAAAUACGCAUGAUGCACCAGUAACAAGAAUUCCGAUGGAAUGUUUUCUCGAUUUUCGAGAAACUGGAGCUUUAUAUCAUAUUAUCCUUGGAUGCUAUAUGUACAAAUCUACUCAUAACUGGAAAAAACUUGACUUAACAUCACAUCCACGUAAUGAGAUUAUAAAGUUAUUUCAACAUGUACAAAAAUUAUUAAUUGAUAAAAAUGUACUGACCUUACCCAUUUGUUAUUUACGUCCAGAUAUUGAUAAAAAGUUACAAAUCCAACUAAAACAAAUGAUCGAAAAACAUCAUGGAAAAGUAGCAUCCAAUGAAGAUGAUGCUGAUCACAUUGUUUAUCACACGCUCGAUGAUAAACGUGAUAUCGAUAACGAAAGAGAGAGUGAAUAUGUACGUGUUGUUGAAAAACGUGGGCGGGAUUGUCGCUUACAUUACUGGUUUUAUCCAGAUUCAUACGAUAUAUGGGUGCCAAAUUUGGAUGCUGAAGAGUCAGAAAAACGAGAUGAAACAUUUCAGGGAAUAUGGCAUGUAACGGCUAAUUGGGUACUAGACACAGCAGAAUUCAAUGAGUGGAUGACUGAAGAAGAUUACGAAAUUGAUGAAGAAAUGGCACGAGAAGGGCGAAUCAAACUGAAAAAUUGUGGUAAAGAACGGAAGACAUUGAAUGAGCUAGUACCUGAUCGAAAAGAUAAGCCAAAUAUGUCAGUAAAUACCUCAAAUUCAGCGUCGGCACUAGCUUCUACAACAACAAAUGCUGCAUCCACGACGAAAAAACGAUCAACCCAAGGAUUAACUAAGCCACGAAAAAUAAAACCAGGUGGUAUAGAUAUGGAUGAUACAGAUUUAUCUAAAGAUGGCGAAAAUUCACUCUCACAGUCAAAUUUUGACGAUCAAACAUUAUCAAAAAUAUGUAGGCAUAUUGUCGAACGUUUUUAUCUGCUUCUUAAUGUUGAAUUUUAUGUUUUAGCAUUACUCAGCCAGAAAAGAGAAGAUAUUCAACUACCAAAAAAUACAACUCUUACCGAUUUGAAUGAAGAAGCAGACGAAAAUAUGGCAAUUGAUGAUCAACAGCAUGAUGGAUCAUCAUUUCAAAAACAAACUGACCCUGAAGCAUGUGAACAAACUCAUCACAUAAUAAUACCAAGUUAUUCUGCUUGGUUUGAUUACAAUGCAAUUAAUGCUGUAGAAAAACGUGCUUUAUUAGAAUUUUUCAAUGCCACAAAUCGUUCUAAAACACCGGAAAUUUAUAUGGCGUAUCGAAAUUUUAUGAUUGAUACUUAUCGUUUAAAUCCAAAUGAAUAUCUAACUGUAACAGCGUGUCGACGAAAUUUAGCUGGAGACGUUUGUGCAAUAAUGAGAGUACAUGCUUUUCUCGAACAAUGGGGUUUAAUCAAUUACCAAGUUGAUGCUGAUUUACGACCAUCUACAAUGGGUCCACCAUGCACGUCACAUUUUACAAUAUUAGGUGAUACACCAUGUGGUUUAGCACCUGUUGGUCAUCCCAAACCACCACAAAGAGAAGUACAGUUAUUUUCAAUUAUGUAUUUUAAAGAAGCUAAACGUGAAGAACGUGAUGUUGAAAGUGCACUGGGUUUGAGAAUUGAUCAAUAUAAUAAAAAACUAUCAGUGAAUCCAAAAACAAAAGCAAAAGAUUGGACAGAUCAAGAAAUUUUAUUGUUAUUAGAAGGUUUGGAAAUGUAUAAAGACGAUUGGAAUAAAGUGUGUGAACAUGUUGGUAGUCGUACCCAAGAUGAAUGUAUUCUGAAAUUUUUACAAUUACCAAUUGAAGAUCCUUAUUUGGAAGGAAAUGGAUCAUUGGGUCCACUUGUUUAUCAACCAAUACCAUUUAGUCAAAGUGGUAAUCCAAUAAUGUCCACGGUUGCAUUUUUAGCUAGUGUUGUCGAUCCACGUGUAGCAAGUGCUGCAGCAAAAGCUGCUCUAGAAGAAUUUUGUAAAAUGCGAGAUGAAGUUUCCCCAUCGUUUAUUGAAACAAAUCAAACAACAUUGGAAAACAUGAUACGUAAAGGAAAAAAAGUUGAUGAAAAUUCUAGUCUCGAAUUACUUGGCUUGACAAAUAAUGAUGGUGAACAUGUCAAAAACAAAGAUAUGGAUAACUCUAUCGAUACUGAAGGAGCAAAAAAAUCUAAAGUUAAAGAAGAAAAAAUGGAUGUUGAAGAUGAAUCGCAAGAAAUGGUAAUAGAUGAUGACGAAAUAAAAAAAACGGAAACAAGCGACAAACCAAGUGAAUCGACAACAACAACCACAGCUUCAAAUAAUAAUCAAGCCACGUCUUCAACCGUAGUUUCAUCAGAAACAAAUGUUGAUAAUGAUGAUGGAUCUAAAACGACAAGAGAUCAAGAUCCACGAAAAUUACUCGUAGCUGAAAUUAAUGAAAAAGAAAUUAAAUCAGCAGCUGCUGCGGCACUGGCAGCAGCAGCAGUGAAAGCGAAGUAUUUGGCGUCAAUUGAAGAACGAAAAAUAAAAAGUGCUGUUGCUCAGGUUGUAGAAAUGCAAAUCAAAAAACUUGAAAUUAAAUUACGUCAUUUUGAAGAAUUAGAAACGAUUAUGGAUCGUGAACGUGAAAUGCUUGAAAUUCAACGUCAACAACUACUUCAGGACCGGCAGCAAUUUCAAUUAGAACAAAUAAAAACAUCUGAAUUAAAACAACGACAAACUACAGCGAAUCAAUUAUUUCCAUCUGAUAAUCGUAAUCCUACCACUCUACUUCAUCCGCAGCAACAAGCACAACAUCCACAGUUUAUUCGUUCUCCACAACUUCCAAUGGGAAAUAUGAUUCAGCCGGCUGGUCUACCUCCACCUAUACCUGUUUCCAGUGCAUCGUCACUAUAUACGACAGGCACAACAACCGCACCACCUGUUCCUUCAUCAUCCCCCUAUUUAUCAACACAAUCGAAUACAUCGAAUGGAAAACAACCAACAAGUCCACUACCCAGUUCUUCACAGCAACCAAAUGGCACUCAAAGUGUUGGCCAAUUGAGUAUACAAAAUGAGAAUAAUCAAAGUGAAGAAUCAACUGACUCUCAACCAAGUGAUCGGGGUUCGGACAGUGAAUCUAUACCGAUUCUACCGGGCGAAAUUGAUCCUGAAUCUGACGAUCCAGAUGUGUCAUCAAUGUCCUCAAAUUCGCUACCUUUAAUAAAUAGUAGAGCUAGAAAUAGUCGUCGUAUAUCACUCACCAGUAUUACCGGUCGUCGAUGUGAUCAUAUGACGUUAAAUGCUGUUAGCCCGAGUGUUACACCAUCACAAACACCUUGUGGUCAUUUAGACAAAGAUGAUGAAAAACGACGCUAUCAAUGUAAAACUUGUGCAAAAAAAUUCAAACAUAAACAUCAUUUGAAAGAGCAUGUACGAUUACAUACAGGAGAAAAACCCUAUAAUUGUGACAAAUGUGGAAAAAGAUUCAGUCAUUCAGGUUUGUGGAAAUAUGCUUAUACCUCUAGUCUGACAGAAAAAACGUUUUGA